AUGGAUCCCUUUUCCCUCCAGAACUCGAAUCUCGUCCUCCAAGCGGACACUCGUCUUAUCGAAAGGCGUCCUAAAGACGAGGCGACCGGCGAAGUGCUGUCCCUCAGCGGUCGGGUGGCGACGGCGCGAAUGGGCGACCGCUACGAACGGACGCGUCCGCAGACCUCGAAGACGGAGGAGAGGGUGAAGAAGUCGAAGAAGAGUCGCCAAAACGAGUCCUCGAAAUACGAUUUGUCGAAACUGAAGGGCCAGUCAUUGCUGUCCGAAGAGAUGGAACAGACGGUGGGAAUCAUAUACCGACCGAAGACGCCGGAGACGCGCCAGACGUAUGAGAUUAUACUGGCCUUCAUAUCGGAGAUGAUCGGCGAUCAGCCCCGGGAUGUGAUGUGUGGGGCGGCCGACGAGAUCCUGCAAGUGAUAAAAGGCGACAAAAUGAAGGAGAAGGAGAAGAAGAGAGAGUGCGAGGCAUUGAUCGGGACGUUAGCCGACGAGAAGUACGCGCUUCUGGCGAACCUGACGCGAAAGAUCACUGACUUCGGGGUCGACGAGAGGGUCACUCAACACCAGCCCGAAGAGAAUCUCGACGACACCUAUGGAGUGAACGUUCAGUUCGAGGAGUCGGACGAAGAGGACGACGACGAGAUUGUGGGCGAAGUGCGCGACGAUGACGACGAGGACGCCGAAGGUGUGGACGCCGGCAUCGAUUCGGCCAUUAAUGCCAAGAAUCUGGAGUCGACUCAAGUGGAGACGAGACGCGACAGGCGGGCGAAGUCGAGUUCGGUUGCCGUUCAUCCGCGAGAAGUGGACGCCUUUUGGCUUCAGAGGAAUCUGAGUAAAGCAUACGACGAUCCCGUGAUCGCGCAGUCGAAGGCCGCCGAUGUGCUCAAGAUUCUGAAGGUGUCGAGAGAUGAUCACGAAGUGGAGAACCAAUUGGUGUCUCUGUUAGGCUUCGAUCAGUUCGACUUCAUUAAAGUGUUGCGACAGAACCGCUCGACAAUCCUCUACUGCACUCUCAUAGCGUCGGCUCAGAAGCAGUCGGAAAAGGAUCGCCUCAAAGACAAAAUGAGAUCCGAUCCCGAUUUGGCCAAAAUCUUGAGAGCGCUCGAGAGCACAGACACCAACGGAACGGCUAAGAAGAGUAAAGAUUUGGGAAAAUCGUAUUCAUAUAACGACGGCGAAGACAUGGAUGAGGACAUGAGUGCGCCGAACAUUAAGUAUAAAAUGCUGGACUUGGAGGACCUGGCGUUCACACAGGGCUCACAUUUCAUGGCCAACAAAAGGUGUCAAUUGCCUGACGGCUCGUUCAGGAAAGCGCGCAAAGGCUGUGAAGUGAUUCACGUGCCGGCCCUCAAACCCAAACCAUUUGAAGCCAAUGAGAGUUUGGUGGCCAUCGAUAAGCUCCCGAAAUACGCUCAGCCGGCCUUUGAAGGCUACAAAUCGUUGAACAGAAUUCAAAGUCGAUUAUGUAAUGCCGCGAUUGACAGCGACGAGAACCUCCUACUGUGCGCGCCUACCGGUGCCGGCAAAACAAACGUGGCGUUGCUUACUAUGAUCAGAGAGAUCGGCAAACAUAUCGAUCCCAAUACCGGUUUGAUUAGUGCCGAUGAGUUCAAAAUCAUUUACGUCGCGCCCAUGAGAUCGUUAGUACAGGAAAUGGUGGGCAACUUCUCGAAGCGACUCCAGUCCUACAACAUAAAAGUGUCUGAACUGACGGGUGAUCACCAGUUGACUCGCGAACAGAUCAACGAAACCCAAGUGAUUGUCUGCACUCCCGAGAAGUGGGACGUCAUCACCAGGAAAGGUGGCGAACGGACGUACACACAGAUCGUGAAACUGAUUAUCUUCGAUGAAAUCCAUUUACUUCACGACGAGAGAGGACCGGUUCUCGAGUGUCUGGUGGCGCGUAUGAUCCGCAGCAUUGAGACCACUCAGGAGGAGAUCCGUUUGGUGGGUCUGUCGGCCACACUUCCCAACUACGAAGACGUCGCCACAUUCCUCAGAGUCGACUCAUCCAAAGGGCUCUUCUACUUCGACAACAGCUAUCGUCCCGUUCCUCUCGAACAGCAGUACAUCGGAAUCACUGAGAAGAAAGCGCUGAAGAGGUAUCAACUGAUGAAUGAGAUCCUAUACGACGAGGUGAUCAAACAGGCGGGAAAGAGUCAGCUCUUGAUAUUCGUUCACUCGAGGAAAGAGACGGGAAAGACUGCCCGAGCCGUGCGCGACAUGUGUCUCGAAAAGGACACGUUAGGGAUGUUCCUGAAAGAGGGCGCCGCCUCUACCGAAGUGUUGCGCACUGAAGCGGAACAGGUGAAGAACCACGAGCUCAAGGAUCUGUUGCCCUACGGGUUCGCCAUACAUCACGCCGGUAUGACUCGUGUGGACAGAACACUCGUUGAGGAUCUGUUCGCUGACCGUCACAUACAAGUGCUGGUCUCUACUGCGACACUGGCCUGGGGUGUCAACCUUCCCGCCCAUACCGUUAUAAUAAAGGGCACACAAGUGUAUAACCCCGAGAAGGGGCGGUGGGCUGAGUUGGGAGCGCUGGACGUGCUUCAGAUGUUGGGUCGCGCCGGUCGACCACAGUAUGACACCAAAGGCGAAGGCAUUCUCAUUACACAGCACUCGGAACUGCAGUACUAUUUGUCUCUUUUGAACCAACAGUUGCCGGUUGAGUCGCAACUCAUUGGGAAACUGCCGGAUAUGUUGAACGCAGAGAUCGUUUUGGGGAACAUUCAGAACGCGAAGGAGGCGACCACUUGGUUGGGCUAUACCUACCUAUACGUGCGAAUGCUUCGGAACCCCACUCUCUAUAGCAUAUCGCACGACACCCUCAAAGAGGACCCCUUACUCGAGACGCACCGCAUGAACCUGAUAUACACCGCGGCGUCCAUUAUAGACAAAUCCAAUCUAAUUAAGUUCGACCGCAAGUCCGGUCAGCUCCAGGUGACCGAAUUGGGACGCAUUGCCAGUCAUUACUACUGCACUCACGAGACAAUGUCGACGUAUAACCAGUUACUGAAACCAACGCUCUCUGAGAUCGAGUUGUUUAGAGUUUUCUCGCUUUCGAGUGAAUUCAAGAACAUUACGAUUCGAGAGGAAGAGAAGCUCGAACUCCAGAAACUGAUGGAAAGGGUUCCCAUUCCUAUCAAGGAGUCCAUUGAGGAGCCGUCGGCUAAAGUCAAUGUUCUGCUUCAGGCCUACAUCUCUCAACUCAAACUCGAAGGACUGGCGCUUAUGGCGGACAUGGUUUACGUUACACAGUCUGCCGCCAGACUUAUGCGAGCCAUUCAUGAGAUUGUUUUGCACAGCGGUUGGGCUCAGUUGGCCGACAAAGCGCUGUCUCUCUGCAAAAUGAUCGACAGACGGAUGUGGCAAUCGAUGUCUCCCUUAAGACAAUUCAAGCGAAUUCCCGAAGAAGUGGUGAAGAAGAUCGAGAAAAAGGCGUUUCCGUGGGAACGGCUCUAUGACUUGGGUCCCAAUGAAAUCGGAGAAAUGCUUCGAAUGCCUAAAUUGGGUAAAACUGUCCACAAAUACAUCCAUCAGUUCCCGAAACUGGAACUGUCGGCACACAUACAGCCCAUCACGCGAUCCACGCUUAAGGUUGAGCUGACAAUCAUUCCUGACUUCCAAUGGGAUGAGAAAAUUCACGGAAACUCCGAAGCGUUUUGGAUAAUCAUUGAGGACGUGGACGGGGAGGUUAUCCUCCAUCACGAGUACUUCCUAUUGAAGCACAAGUACUGCGAAGACGAACACAUCAUUAAGUUCUUUAUCCCAGUCUUCGAUCCCCUUCCGCCCCAAUACUUCAUCCGCAUUGUGUCCGACCGAUGGAUUGGCGCCGAAACCGUAUUUCCCGUUUCGUUUCGACACUUGAUUUUACCCGAGAAAUACCCGCCGCCGACAGAGCUCCUGGAUCUGCAGCCCCUACCCGUGUCUGCGCUCAGAAAUCCAAGUUAUGAGGCGUUAUAUCGCGAGAAGUUUCCGUAUUUCAAUCCAAUCCAAACCCAAGUGUUUAACUCGCUGUACAAUACGGACGACAAUGUGUUUGUGGGCGCACCCAACGGGUCGGGCAAAACAGUAUGCGCUGAGUUCGCGAUCCUUCGACUGCUAACUAUCCAACAAAAUGAGUCGAAAUGUGUUUACGUGACGCCUAAGGAGCAGUUGGCGGCCAUAGUGUACGCCGAUUGGACCCAUAAGUUGGGAAUGUUGUUGAAUAAGAAAGUGGUUCUUCUGACCGGAGAGACCGCCACUGAUCUCAAGCUUUUGGCCAAAGGAAACAUCAUUAUCUCGACGCCCGAGAAGUGGGACGUCAUAUCCCGGCGCUGGAAGCAGAGGAAGAACGUGCAAAAUGUCAACUUAUAUAUUGUCGACGACUUGCAGUUGAUUGGCGGCGAAGACGGACCCGUUCUCGAAGUGGUCUCUUCUCGGAUUCGCUACAUAUCGUCGCAAAUCGAUAAACCCAUUCGUAUCAUAGCGUUGUCGUCAUCGUUGGCCAACGCCAAAGACAUCGCCCAAUGGUUGGGCUGUAAUCAGGGCUUGACUUUUAACUUUCACCCCAACGUAAGGCCACUGCCUCUCGAGCUCCACAUCCGGGGCUUCAAUCAGACGCAUAACGCGUCUCGACUGCAAUCGAUGUCCAAACCUGUCUAUCAGUCGAUUCUAUCGCAUUCGCCAACGAAUCCGGUUAUGGUUUUCGUGUCCUCUCGACGACAGACUCGGAUCACAGCCAUAGACAUCCUGACGUACGCGGCGGCCGACGCACAGCCCAACCGAUUCCUCUACUGCACGGAACAGGAUUUGGAGCCAUUCCUCAACCGCAUAUCUGACGCCACUCUCAAAGAGACGCUCUCUAAUGGUGUGGCGUAUCUUCACGAAGGGCUCAAUCAGAUCGACCGGCGAAUUGUGGAGCAGCUCUUCGACUCGGGAGCCAUUCAAGUGGUUGUGGUGUCGCUAUCCCUGUGUUGGUCUCUAUCAAUAAACGCACAUUUGGUGAUAAUAAUGGACACCCAGUACUACAACGGCAAGAUUCACGCCUAUGAGGACUACCCCAUCACUGAUGUCAUUCAAAUGGUCGGUCGCGCCAAUCGACCCCUUCUUGAUGAGGACGGCAAGUGUGUCCUCUUGUGUCAGUCCUCGAAGAAGGACUUCUUCAAGAAGUUCCUGUACGAGCCCUUACCUGUCGAGUCACAUCUGGAUCACUGUAUUCACGACCACUUCAACGCCGAAGUGGUGACCAAAACCAUUGAGAACAAACAGGACGCCGUCGACUACCUGACCUGGACUUUCCUAUACCGCCGUAUGACUCAAAAUCCCAAUUACUAUAACCUGCCGGGCGUUACGCACCGACACCUGUCUGACCACAUGUCCGAAUUGGUUGAGACAACUCUAACCGAUUUGGAGACAUCGAAGUGCACUACCAUUGAGAACGAGAUGGACAUAACGCCACUCAAUCUGGGAAUGAUUGCCGCCUAUUAUUACAUAAACUACUCGACCAUUGAAUUGUUUAGUAUGUCUUUGAACUCCAAGACUAAGAUCAGAGGUUUGAUUGAAAUCAUAAGCAAUGCCGCGGAAUACGAGUCCAUUCCCAUCAGACACAAGGAGGACGUGAUUCUGAAGCAACUGUUGUCUAAAGUGCCGCAACGGAUGGCGAACAUCAAGUACUCGGACCCACACGUCAAGACCAAUCUUCUACUUCAGGCACAUCUCUGCCGAAUGUCUUUGUCGGCAGAACUCCAGUCGGACACCGAGGAGAUCCUCUCGAAGUGCAUACGUCUGGUGCAGGCGUGCGUCGAUGUGUUGAGUUCUAACGGCUGGUUGGGACCGGCGAUGGCGGCCAUGGAGUUGGCGCAGAUGGUGACACAGGCGCUCUGGAAUAAGGACUCAUACCUCAAACAAUUGCCUCAUUUCGGCACCGAUUUGAUUAAGAGGUGUAACGAGAAGGGCAUCGAAUCGGUGUUCGAUAUCAUGGACUUGGAUGACGACGAGAGGGACCAACUGUUGCGAUUGGAUGCCAACAAAAUGGCAGAUGUGGCCAAGUUUUGUAACAGUUAUCCCAACAUUGAGCUCAAGUACGAUGUGGUCGACAAGGACUCCAUCGAGAGCGGUUCGUCAGUCAAUGUUGUCGUCCAACUGGAGCGCGAGGACGAGACCGUGGGUCCAGUGAUGGCACCCUUUUUCCCGCAUCGGCGAGAGGAGGGCUGGUGGGUAGUGAUAGGCGACCCCAACGCCAACUCUCUCAUCUCUAUCAAGCGGUUAAGUCUCCAGCAAAAGUCAAAAGUGAAAUUGGAUUUUACGGCACCGGCACCCGGGGAGCACACCUACACUCUGUACUUCAUGUCCGACGCGUAUAUGGGCUGUGAUCAGGAAUACAAGUUCACGAUUCGGGUGCAAAACAGCGCCUCCACCUCCAGGAAGAGGAAGGCUGAACACGACAGCGACUAAUGGCUCGACAUAACUGUCCCAUCAUUUUAUUAAUCGC